AUCUCGCAGUAUCGUGUUGACCCUCGACCGGAGAGGAUACGCGUCUUCUUACUGAUUUUUUUUUAAGUCGUUGCCUAUCUUCACUCUCUCUCUUUCUCUCUCUCUCGUACACACACUCAGUUACUCACUCACUCUCUCUCUCUCUCUCUCUCUCUCUCUCUCUCUCUGUUUGUCAGUCAGUCAUAAUUCCCUCUCUUUAUCGUACGCGUGUUUCGUCGUAAACUCUAACGCGCGUAAAGGGUUCGUCGUCGUAGGUCGUGUGUCUCGUACGUCGUGUUUGCGUGCUUGCGUGCUUUUUGCGCCUGUUCGACCGUCCUCGAGAAACGUGAGAAGCUCCGUUGCUUCUAAUUUCUCUUUCUCUAUUUCUCGUACGUACGUUCGUUCGUUCGUUCGUUCGUUCGUUCGUUCGUUCGUACGUUCGUACGUUCGUACGUUCGUACGUUCGUUCGUUGGUUCGUUCUCGUUGAUUCGUCGCCGUUCGUUGUAGACGACGAGUCCAAAUUCGUGCGCGAACAAACCGACAACGAAUAAAAAAAUCUCCCUGUGAAUUCUCUGUCCGUAUUUUUCUUUUUUUAUUUUUCUUUUUUUUUUUUAUUUUUCCUUUUUCUUUUUCCUCCGUACCUUUCUUCUUCGCUUUGAACAUUUUUGAGAGGAAAUUUUUCUUUUUUGCAAUCAAAAUCAAUCCAAUCAAUCGAUCAGUCAAUUAUUUAAUUAAUUGAUUAUUAUCAUCGCGAUUGUUCUUCUUUAAUUUUCUAUUCUUUUACUUUUUUUUUUUUUUUCUUUUUACUCUCUCUCUCUCUCUCUCUCUCUCUCUUUCCCUCCCUCCCUCCCUCCCCCUCCCUUCUCCUACCUCUUUCUCUCUGAUCGUUCGAGAACGGAGAGAGGUUGUUGUUAUUGUCGUUGUUCUUGUUCUUGUUGUUGUUGUUGUUGUUGUUGUUGUUGUCGUUGUUAUUGUUGUUGUAGGGAGAGAGAUGAAAAAUAAUAGUUGCGUUCGAAAAUAAUGUUGUGUGAUAUGUGAGGUGUUAUUCAAAGGAGAGGAAAAAUCGUAUUACUUUCUGGUGAAGAGAUUUUUAUUCCCCUUUCGUCGAACGAGAUGUUUCGUUUAACGUGGAUACGAUGGCCAUUGCUAUCAACGUUACUAUUGGGCUCCCAUAUAUUAUUGGUAGUUGCCCAAUGCGGAUCUUCGAUACAGGACAGACAAGAGAGUCAGGAUAGGCAAGACAAGUUAGCAUUGUACAAGAUCACUAUGAGAACAUAUUGGUCGAGGGCACGUUUUCCACGACAUUAUCCUGAAUGGAAACCUCCGGCACAAUUCGGCAAACUUAUCGGUCGAACGCACGACUCGACAUACACCCUUUAUAGAUUGGGUGAAAGACUUUCGACGGGGGCGAGAUUAUACGUUGAAACUGGGAGGGCUGACGGUUUGGAUGCCGGUGGUGAAUCUCAAAACACCCUUCACUCUUUCACGGGACCGCCUAUACCGCAGGGCGAGGGUACCAGCAUUGCCAGAGCCUUUCUUGAUGGAAACCAUACUUUAAUAAGCAUCAUGGCGAGGAUAAAUCCGAGUCCCGAUUGGUUCGUUGGGGUUGAUUCCUUUCAACUUUGCGUCGAAGGAAAUUGGGUCGACACCGUAACCGUCGAGCUCGACCCUUUGGAUGGUGGAACGGAUAACGGGUUCACAUUUACGGCUGCCAAUUGGCCUACGCAACCUCAAGGAAUAGCCUACAGAAUCACAUCCCGGUACCCGGCACAUCCCGCGGGAAGCUUCUAUUAUCCGAACCUACCACGACUACCACCGAUAGCAACCCUUACUUUCACUAAGUUGCGGGAAUACACUCUGACGGAGACCUAUCACGAGGACGACGUCGAGGUCGAGUUCGUAAGCAAUGACAAUCUACUAUCGAGCAAUCCGACCCCAAGAGGAAUCGAUCCGAACAGAGACCUAAACGAGGCCAUAGCGGAGGAACGAAGGGAAAUGGACACUCAGAGAUACAGAUAUUGGACCACAACAAGUAACGGACAAUCAUUAGUAACCGAUAUACCGCGCGAUGGAAAAUCUGCAAUAAUCGAUAGUAUCGCAUCGUCGUACGCAUUGCAAAGGCCAAGGUUAAAUGCAACACCAACUCCGAGAACGAACAAAUUGAUUGACCAAAAGAAUAAAUAUAACGAAGGAAAAUCGAAUUGGCCAUAUUAUCAGAUGUACAGGCACUCGGUGGAAGCACAAAAGGCAGAAAUUUUCAAGGACAUUCAAAGGAAAAUGGCUAACACGACAGGUGUUUCCAAAAUCGGUCAAUCGUGGAUGAAUAAUUCCACGGAUGUCUCACAACAACGUCAGCAUAAACUUAGAAUGAAACAUCAUAGGUUAAUGGCCAAGGGCAAACAUUUAAGAACGCGUCCACCGAGAGAUUGCAAGGUCAGCGAAUGGGGUCCAUGGAGUGCUUGCAGUCGUAGUUGCGGAGUAGGGGAAACACAGAGGACACGAAAAGUGACGAUAAAGUCGCGCCGAGGUGGAGCAGCUUGUCCGCCACUGAAGGAGACCAAAUGGUGUGGCAGUGUUAGUCCAUGUCCGGAGAACAACAAGUCUAAUCUCGAAGCGUUUCAUUGGUAGUCGUGUUAAGAAAAGGACGCCGAAUAACGACGACCUUUGACCUAAUCUUACGAGAAGAAUAAAGAGAACACACGGCCAGGUUAUCCCGAGAUUUAUUAUAUUAUAUAUACUCGAUUAAGGAAGGAUCUUGCGCGUGAAGAUGAUGACGACUGUAAAAAAAAAAAAAAAAAAAAAAAAAAAAACAAAAAAAAACAAAAAAAAAAAAAAAAAAAAGAAAAAAAAAAAAAAAAAAAGAAAAAAAACCGAUGAAAAAGAAAAAAAAGGAAAGGAAGAGGGGAAGAAGAAGAAGAAGAAGAAGAAGAGAAGAAACAAAAGGAGAAAACAAAUUGAGAAUUAAUGUUCUCUAUUUUUUUCGUCUAUGUUCUCUUCAGAUCCAUACGCAUCGUAUAUACAUAUAUAUAUAUCUGUAUAUGUAUAUACAUAUAUAAAUAUAUAUAUAUAUAUAUAUAUAUAUAUAUAUAUAUAUAUAUGAAUAUAAAAAUAAAAUUACAAUUGAUCCCUUGGAACGCGCCAAUAAUCUUCUUGAUAAACAUAUUCCUGAUUAAAUCACCAAAGAUUCGUCAAAUUUCAGACAUAUUUAAUUAAUUUUAUUAUUAUUAUUAUUUUUUUUUUAUUUUUAUUAUUAUUAUUAUUAUUAUUAUUAUUAUUAUUCGAAUCGAUCGGAUAGUUUUCAUUUUUACCGAUCGAGUAAGACCGAUCUCGAUGGGGAAGCCAUUUUUCCAAUUUAUCUUUUUUUUUUUUUGCUCUUUUCUUUUAACGGGGAUCGGAGAUAAAAAAAAAAGAGUUCGUAUUUUAACACUGAAAGAGAGAAUAUGAGAAUCAUUAUAACUUGCAUAGAUCACAUUAAUUUUGCAUAAAUAUACGUAUGAUAUGUAUGUAUAUGUGUAUAUUGUUCGUAAGUAAAAUCAAUCAAUCCAAUGCUGUUCUAAAGAGAAAAGACGAUCGAUGAUUAAACCGGAUUUAGUAUUUUUUCAAAAAUCCGAAAUAUGAAAAAUCCUUGAAACGUCGAACUAUGAUAUGCGAAGUCAAUAAAAUAUUUUUUAUUAGCCUUCAACGAUACAACAAUGAUCCGUGGAGGGGUAAAGGAUGGUCGAAAGGGUCGUUUGGAGGAGGGAAGGAGGAAAGAAUGGAGGGGUGGAAGGGGGAGGCGGUAGUGGUACGAUAUAUCGAACAUAAACGUUCGAUUAUUUUUCUCCUGAGAGAAGUUGAGAUACUUAUAAACGUUUUCAAAAAUGAAACAAGAUUACUAUUAACUAUUUCUCUCUCUCUCUCUCUCUCUCUCUCUCUCUCUCUCUCUCUCUCUCUCUCUCUUCUAUCUAUCUAUCUAUCUAUCUGAUUGAAAAAUUCUUUUUCAAAAUUCGACCGAACGCAUUGUCAACUUCGAAAAAAGUUUCACGUCGAAUUAUUAUACCAAAGAAUAAAAAUAAAGAAAUGAGAAUCGUCCCUAUCGUCUCGUAUAUAGGUAUUGAGGAAAUAACAAUAAAAAAAGAAGAAAAAAAAAAGAACAAGAAAAACAAACAAAAAUAAAAAAGAAACAACAAAGAGGGGGAGUAGCGUAAGAAUCAUGACAAAAAUGUUAUCAUUUGAAUCGAUAACAAUUACUCGAUACGAUAGCGCAGCAAUGAUAACGAAGACGAUAAAAAAAAGGGAGGACAAAAAGAGAGAGA